CAUCAAUGCAAAACAUUCUGUUCUAGGUAAACAAUGAGCGAAACUACAAUGGACCGAAAAUUAUCAGAAAUAUUUGAUGAAGCAUUCGACUUGUAUAACUUUUUGAGUGGAAAUUAUUUGCAGAGUUUUGAAAUAUGUAAUAUUCCCACCAAUAGCCAGGAGUUUCAGGAGAAUGUCAAGAAAUGCAUCAAGCUCUUUGAAGACAGCACACGUUUAGUUAGUGUUUGCGGUCUAUUUAGCACAAAUGAGUUGUAUACCGAGCUACCAACAAGCGACUUGAAGUACUUAUUAUUGCCAUUUUUCCUGGGAAUUUUGACUCAAAAAAUUUGUGGUGGUUCACGCUCAGAUAUUGUUGAAGUGGCUGAAGUAUAUUUCAAAGACUUUUUGAAACGAUGCUCUGAAUAUGGUAUUUAUGAUGAUGUCAAACCAAUUGGUGGUGGAAGUAGUGGUGAAACUAACAGCUCAUCAAGUAUUACAACUCAGCAAGUAUUAACUCAGCAAGUAUUACAACGUAAUCAAAAACUCGAAAAAUAUCGCCAAAGGAAGGAAUUGGAAGAUAAAAUAAAACAAUUAAAAAUUGUGAUGAAGAGCCAACAAGUUGAUGAUGAUAUCAAACGUGAUUUUUAUAUUAAUUUGCUGAAAAUGAGCACUCACGAUGCACAAGAAGAAUUAGCGAGCCUUGUUCAGGAAAAGCAAAUGUUGAGUUUCCAACAAAAUCGCCAGCAAAUGGACAAAGAUGUUCAGCAUAUGCAUAAGACUUCUUCGGUCAGACCACUCAAACCCAUCAUAAUCACAAGAGAUUUAGCUCAAAAAGCUGUAUACGGUAUGGGGUAUCCAUCAUUACCUACAAUGACGGUCAGUGAAUUUUAUGAUGAACGUGUACGCGAAGGAAUUUUCCCAGAUCCAAGCAAAGCGUCAAAUAAUUCCAAUAGUCUACAAAGUCGUUAUAUGCAGGAACAAAGCAAUGAUUUCGAAGAACCAGAAGAUAUUGAACGUGAAAAAAAAUUAGAAGAAGAUGAUGAAUAUGAAAUUGCACGCUUACGUGCUAAAGACGAAUACAAGGACGAACAUCGCCGUGGUGAGGGAAACAGAUACAAUAGAAGUUAAAUUUUAUUCGAAACUUCUAGUUUGAAAAGUGAAUACAACAAACAAUUAAAUACUACUUUUUUCAACUUAUUUGAAAAUAAAAAAAAAACACAAUUGAAUAAAGGUUUUAAGCUAAUGUUGCCCUUUGUUGUCCGGA